AUGAUUGCUAGUCCGUGCUUCCCCCCCUUUCCGCCUGUCGCCGCCAUGCAUAUCGCCUGGACUUCCGCCGCGAAAAGCGCAAAGAAGCGCAAGCGACUCGCCAAGGGCGGCGAUGCCGUUCUCCGCGCAUUCGGGGAUCCCGAAGACGUGGCAGCAGAACCUACAAUUGAUGACGCAGGAGAGUUUUCUGCUGCUCUUUCCACGUGGGAUGCUGCCAUUGGCUUGUCUGCUGUGCCACGUCAGCGCGCGGUGCUGUUCGAGCAGAAGGCGCAGGUGCUGAUGGAGAUGGGGCGGCUGUGGGAGGCCGUCCGAGCUGGCACAUGUGCCACAGAGAUCGCCCCGGACUGGCACGAUGCGUGGGUGACUCUAGCACGCGCCCAACUCAACUUGGGAGAGCCCCACCUUGCGCAAGCCUCCUUCUCCCGCGCACUCGUGCUGCAGCCUGGCAGCACCGAGACACAGCAGGAGCUCGGGGAAGCCUCGCGAUUGGCUGUCAGGCAGCGCCAGCUGGCAGCAGCGGCUGACGGGGGUGAUGAGAUGCUGACGCGUGGUGAAGAGAGGUUGGUAGUGUAG